AUGCUUUGCACAGCUGAACUUUUGCCUUUGCGACCGCUUUGCAAAGACAUGUUCACCAACAUUGGAAGCUUCGAGAAGAUUACUCUCAGAUGCGAAGAACUUUUGAUUAUGGCUGCGGAUCCAUUGAAUGAGUGUGUAGUUGCAUCCGCCCUGUUGCAGAGAGGAGUAGAACCCGGCGUUGUGUCAGAUGACAAUGAACUGUACCAUAUCAGAAUCAGCAGGCUCAUGCUUCGCUGCUUGACUUUGCUACAACGUCUUGUCGGCAAGUUGUUGGAAGUUGAUGAGACCUGUACGAGAGCUGUGGGAGAGUUGCAAUGCCUGGACUUUGAGGUGAGAACUGGCCGAUUGGUGUCAUACCAUUCCUUUGCAGAGCAGGCGCGCGCCGCAGCUGUACAGGCUUUUUCUGAAUUAAGCACACGAGGACGGCUUGACAUCCUGAAUGACUUCGAGACAGACCUGAUCUGCAUCAAUGUCGGGGAAGUAGAAUAUGCCAGGUUUUGCUUGCUGGAUUUAUCCGGCAAAGCAGUUUCCAUGGAAGCCCUCCUCACGGUUGAGUAUGGUGACAGCGGUGAAUACAGUCCUUCUUUUCAUCGGCUGAACCGGCGAUGGCUUUGGGCAGAGCUUUGGCUCGAGCAAGAUGGCUUCGAGCUGUGCUCAGUGCAACGGCUGCGGUCAGUUGCGGCUUGGGCUUGAACUGAC